UUGUCUCGUUUUAAUGACGUCACAUCUGUUGAUCAAAUGACAGAUGAAAACAUUUCGAAGAUCAAUGUGUCCGCUCAGGGACGUGAGAAUGCUGUAGACUUUAUGCGAGGAUAAGGGGUUCUACCAUAACAAUACAAUCAAUCGUCGCAGUCAGGUUUGUGAGUGUGUGUGUGUGAUCAUCUAAGGUGUCGACCAUGGUGCCAAGAUAGAAUCAAGGGCGCUGCUAUGGCAUCUGAGCUGCAGGAGGCGAUCUGCAUGGCUAAACAGGAACGCCAUAAGAACCUCUUCCUCAACUACAGGAACUUGAAGAACUUCCCUAUAGAGCUGCUGAAGGACGAGGGACUGCAGUUCCUUGAGAGGCUGUAUAUGAAGAGGAACUCUCUCACCAUGUUGCCUGAUUCUCUGGCGCAGAAGCUUCCCAACUUAGUAGAGCUGUAUCUCCACUCCAACAACAUAGCAGUCAUUCCUGAAGCAAUAGGUAACCUGGCCAGGCUGCAGUCUUUGGAUCUGAGUGACAACGCGCUGCAGGUUGUGUGCCCCCAGAUCGGCCGGCUGACCUCCCUGAGACACCUGAGACUGGCCAACAACCAGCUGAAAUGCCUGCCUUCAGGUACUGCCUGGCUGGUUGACUGGCUGCCUUCAGAGAUUGGUGCUUUGCGUGACCUGGAAACGCUGGAUGUCAGCAGGAACCAGUUAGUCUGUCUUCCAGAGCGACUGCACCAGUGUCUGUCCCUCCACUGCCUCACCGUCGACUGCAACAACCUGACGUGCCUUCCCAGGCAACUCUGCCUGCUGCACAAGCUCAAUGAGCUCUCCAUGGCAACCAACCGCCUGACUUCUGUGCCCCUGGAUCUGGGACGGUCCAGGGAGCUGCAGUUUGUUUUUGUAGACAACAAUGUUGAACUCCGAGGCCUUCCAUCGUAUCUGUACAACAAGGUGAUUGGCUGCAGCGGGUGUGGUCUGCCGGGCCAGGCAUGUGAGGAGGGACCACCGUGUUUGUCUCUGGCAGGGAUGUGUGUCCCUCUGCCUGCUGAAGUGAAAGCUGUUGGCUCGGAGCAGGAGCGGGUCGUCCCUCUGGAGGAGAUCUCCAUGAGGGCCCUGCACAUGUCCAAACAGCCCCUCAGAGAGUUUAGUCAGCUGCUACCCAAGAGCCUCUUUGACCUACUGCAGUGGCCCCUGGGACAUUGUCAUAGCUGCAGCCAGCCCAUGUUCACCAUUGUCUACCCUAAACUGUUCCCCCUGAGAGACACUGCCCUGGCAGGGGUGCACCGAAGAACUACAGUGAGUUUCGUGGCUUACUGCUGCUCCAGUCAUUGUGUUCGGACCUUCGACCUGAAACAGUGACCAGAAGUCACCUACUGCUCUGCCCCAGGAUGGAUGGAAGUCUCUGUUCCCCUGGUCUGUGGACUUGGGACAGACAGACUUUGAUAGUCUGUCCAGCUUCUGACCCGGGAAUGGACAUGGAUGGUGUUUUUGAAAAACAGACUUUGAUUUAAUAAUCCGUAACCUGAAAUAUCAUAAAUGUAUGUGUAAUGACUAACAGUGUAUUGUAUCUAAUUGUAAAAGCAACUAGUUUGUAUUCUACAAGAUGAAUGAAUGAAAGUUGUGGUAUUACUUUGUAUAUCACGGAUAUGACAUCACCUUUUAAUGCUCUAAUUGCGUUGGUAGCCAGUUCAUAAAAGCAGGCAUCUCGGGGGCUGUUCUUGGGCACAAAGCAUCACCCUGGUCUUCAUUGCUUAAAUAUUACUAACAUUUGAGGAUUUGUCAACAAGGGGUGUUUUCACAGUUGAAUCCAGCAACAACCAACUGUCUCUAUACCCGCUGGUCUGACCAACUGUCUCUAUACCCGCUGGUCUGACCCAGUGUCAUCCCUUUGAGGGUCCUAAUUAGACUGAAUUGCAUCAUAUAGCUGCCAUGAACCUGUUAUAGAGGAUUUAUAUGGACAUACUCCGUGCCCUCUCAAGAUAGUCCAAACGCCCUGUUCCGUACAACAGGGAAGGUUCAGCUUCCAUCAGGGUUGUAUGAAACUUGCAACUUCACCAAGGAAUGAAUGUUAUAGAAAACAUUUAAAAUCAACUCAGCCACCCUUUAAUGUGGUUGAAUCGGUCUGUCUGCCAACCUGUCUGUCUCUGCCUGUCUGUCUGGGCUAGGGGGCAGCAGAACUCCUUCUAUCACUGUCUGAAAUUAAUUGGCAACUUAUUCCCAGCAUAAAGCACUGCGGUUGAUCAGGCCUGUGGGGUUUAUUGGGUUCUACAGAAAAGUGGUUCUCAAGAUGCAGAAUAUUUGAAUUUUUUCCCCAAAAAUGUUUGUAACACGUCCUGGCAUUUCUGUUUGUAUGUUAAAUGAAAGCAAUAUUUGAAACCAAAA